AUGGCGGGCCUACACCCCUCAAUUGUGUUAUUAAACUCGGGCGACAUGUAUUUGGGUUGUAAAAAGGAGAUCGAUUACCUCGAUUUUGCCGAGAUCAAUGGAUAUUGGGUAGGUCAUGUCUGAUAAAACGGCUUUCUGACUGUUUAAUGGGCUAGUUCUGCAAUAAAGAGCAGCUCUGAUGCGAUGACAGACGUCCACCGUCUUCUAGGGUCAUAUAUAAUGCCGGCCUACCUCAGCUGUUUUUUCAUUCUUUAUUUGAAUAUUUAAUCCACCUACAGUGUUUUUUUUACUACUAUCUUUUCCUGUAUGCAAACCCAAUAUGAAACACCAACCCUCAACAAAUUCUCCCUUCAAACCUCAAGAACUUGUCCCUUUAUCGUCACCCCAACACUUUACCCUCGAUGAAAGAUUUAUUGUGUUAUUUGAGCUCGUUUCCAUUGUCCUUUUUCGAAUCCCCAAGUUUGUCGCGGAAAACGUGAAUUCGCUGGAGCCGAAGAAACAGCGGCGCGGAAACGGGAGACGGAGAAUGAGAACAUACACAACCUUGAACCUCUGGCCAAACUUUUUACCUUUUAAGGCCCCGUAUUUGUUCGUUGUUAUAUAAUAAUUAUGUGUUUUUGAGGGGAAUUGGACCGUUUGCGAUCCAAUAAUGACUAAUAUAUUUAGACAGUUUUACUGCAUGUGAUAGAAUUUCAAAUUUUUAUUCGAUUUCCCCAAAACAUUUGUUUUUUUAAUUUUGAAAAUAAUCUCCGAUUGCCUUUAUAUAGGCUUAAAAUACCAUCAAAAUUUUUUUAGAAUACCCGCGCCGCCAAGUGCUAUCACAAGGCUCUCAACACAAUGGGUUUCAUCCAGGACUUCAUCACAACAUACCGGUCGAAUCGGAAGAUCCUCUUGUUGAUCGUUUAUGUCGCUCUGUUCCUGGACAACAUGUUGUUGACAACUGUUGGUAGGUUAUCAAAAAACCAGUAAUAAGCGGCACUUCUUGGCAGCGCGCGAGCCGUUCUCGCGUCUUUAAAAUAAGUACAAUUUUAACAACCGAAAACAGUGAAAGAAAGUAUUAGUUUUUCGUUGUUUGUUGCUUUUUACUGUAGUUUACUGAAAAAGUUAUGUUACAUUUGGUAUUAAACAAAAUGUGGACGUCUGAGGAUUCAGGGAAAAAAGAAGUUUAACAUUUGGCCCAAAGUGAAAGAAGUUAUAGCCAAUUCAAAUCUUGCCAAAAAAUUCAUGCAUCCUGUAAAAUAAUGACAACUUUUAGUGCCGAUUAUUCCCGAAUAUUUGCUCCGGAUCAGUCAUCCAAAUCAGACUGAUGAACUUCUGAGCAGCGACAUCAAAAUCCCUCCAAAUCAUCAGCAUGGCCGCGGGAAAAGAGAGGUCGGAUGGGACGACUUGAGUGAUAUCGAUGAGACCUGGGAUGAACCAGUGCCUGGGACCGGGAUGUUUAGGACCGAAGAGGAGGAAGAGGUAAGCUAAAUUUUAUUGUCAUCAAUGUACUCGGAUCUUCCAAUAUUAGCUUCAAUUUCAAAUUGUUUUCUGCCCUUUAGGAGCCUACAACUCGUCGUCCCAAGUCCAAAUCAAAGUCCAAGUCAAAAUCCAAGCAAAGACAGAAAGGGAAAGGCGGCUCAGUUAAAGGGUACAUGUAUCCGGCGACCACAACUGAAGCCUACGACGACUUCGAUGAAGCCGAAUAUAUCGCAGCAGCAAAGAAACGAAGACAUGAAGCGCUAACUGAUGAGAAUGUUCAUGUCGGGUUGAUGUUCGGCUCGAAGGCGCUAGUCCAGCUAAUAGCCAACCCAAUGGUUGGGCCUUGGACUAACAAGUGGGUAGAUUAUUGAGUAAAAAUGUUCCUUCUUUAGGAUCGGUUACACUAUCCCGAUGUUUACUGGGUUUGUGGUUAUGUUUUUAUCUACGGCUCUCUUUGCCUUUGGCUCUUCGUUCUUCACGUUGUGGAUUGCCCGAGCUCUUCAAGGAGUUGGAUCCGCUUGUACUAGCACGUCAGGUGAGCAAAUCCUGCUAUUUUUUAACCUUGAUGGCUUGAUUUUAUAUAACAAAUACUCUUCAGGCAUGGGAAUGCUGGCGCAAGCCUAUCCGGACGACGCUGAACGAGGAUCAGCUAUGGGAAUUGCUCUGGGCGGAUUGGCUCUUGGGGUACUUGUUGGCCCACCUUAUGGCGGCCUGUUAUAUCAAUGGGCCGGAAAGGAGCUUCCAUUUAUCCUGCUGGCUCUGUUAGCUCUACUUGAUGGAAGUGAGUAGUCAUGUUGAGGACUAAUUUUUUAACAGCAUCGAUGGUUGCUUACAUAAAGUAAAACGGAUUUUUCAGCACUUCAAUUUAUGGUGCUGCAGCCAAAAGUUGACAGAGGAGAGCCCGAAGGUGCCGGUCUGAAGGAGCUGGCUCGCGAUCCCUACAUCAUCAUUGCCGCCGGCUCUAUUACGAUUGGAAAUCUUGGUAUUGCAAUGUUGGAGCCUUCGCUUCCCCUGUGGAUGAUGGAGAGUUGGGGUGCUGGCUCUUUCGAACGAGGAGCUGCGUUCCUUCCAGCGUCCAUUUCAUAUCUUAUUGGUACAAAUAUCUUUGGCCCUCUGGCCCACAAAAUUGGUCGGUGGUUGAGCGGAUUUAUCGGGCUGAUCAUCAUAGGAUUCUGUCUUCUAGCGGUAAGUAAUUUCUACUAAACCCAUUGAAAAUAAGCUCUUCAGAUCCCUUCAGCGACCAGUGUCAGUGGUCUGGUCAUUCCAAACUUUUUCAUGGGCUUUUCGAUCGGAAUGAUCGACUCUUCCAUGUUCCCCAUGAUGGGUUAUAUCGUUGAUCUUCGUCAUGUGGGAGUCUAUGGGUCCAUCUAUGCGAUCGCGGAUGCUGCCUUCUGCUUCGCUUUUGCGAUUGGGCCCUUCUUCAGUGGACCCUUGGUUCGAUCUUUGGGAUUCCCGACAAUGCUAUACAUGAUCGCGUUGAUCAACUUCGCCUAUGCGCCAUUAAUGUUCAUGUUAAGAAAACUGCCGAGGACUUUGCCAGAAGAUCGGAAAGAGCAAAAAGAAGUUGAAAAUAACAAUCAAGCUACCACUUUCUCCAUUCAAAAUGUAAGAACCCGCUUUCUGAAGCAAUUUGUGCUUAAUUUUUGGAAUUAUAUUUCGUUUUUAGGGCCAUUCCCAGUCACUGAACGCCGCCGUGCCAAAUACGAAUCCCUUUGCUCACGAAGCCAUCCCCGGAUUAAACGAUCCAUCCAUAAAACGAUUGGCUACUUCACAAGGGUAUCAAUACGAUCCUUGGGAGUAG